AUGCUUCAAUUCCACGAGGUGGUCGACGCGCGAAAGGGUCGCUGCAACGUGGCCUCCGUCGCGCUACGAGCAGGUUCAUGUGUGCUACGCACACCUGCCUUCUGCGCCGUGUCCUCUUCUUCCUGUGGCUGGUGUUUCGCGCCCCAAUUGUCUCUCCAGCGCUGCACAGGCUGCCGUCAAGUUCAAUACUGUUCUCGCAGGUGUCAAAAGCUCGACUGGUCGCAGCAUCGGCGCGAAUGUCAGGCCUGGCGCUCUAUUCCAGUAGACGCUACUUUACCCACUGUUUUGCUAGUAUGUCGUCUAGCUGCCAAGCUCUUUCUGAGCUCUAAAGUCGACCAAGAAGACAAGAAUCGCAUACUAAACCUACGCCAUCACUUGGACGACCACACGGCGCCUAAGCAGCAACAGUUCUGUGAAACGACGCCGUUAGUGCACCUUCUUUUAUCCGAAUAUAAAGUAGAUAAACAGGAGCAGACUCCGAGCUUCGCAGAGCUCCAAGAAUCUUUAAAGCCAGAGAUACUGAAACUCUUUGGACAAGUCAGCUGCAACGGCUUCUCGAUCAUGAACGGCGUGACCAACGAGCCUGUAGGCAUCGGGUUAUUCCUCCAAGGAUCGAUGUUUAAUCACGACUGCGAUCCGAACUGUGUCGUGAGCUUUCAAGGCCAAGAAAUGAAUGUUCACGUGAUCAAGGACGUUAAAGAGGGUCAAGAACUUACAAUCUCGUACGUCGAGGUACUGCAGUCGACCAAGAAGAGACAAAAGAUACUGAAAGACUCGUACUUCUUCGAGUGUCAAUGCUCUCGGUGUACGACGGAGACGACAGACGACUGGUAUCUGGAUGGGCUACAGUGCGGUAACAAAGGCUGCCCAACCGGUGUCGUGGAGAUUAAUAGUUACGAACAAGAGCUGCAGACACUUGAAAAGCUACCAGCUAACUGCGAAGAAGACAAGUGGAAAAAGUAUCAGCAAAUGUGGGAAAUCGCCACGAGAAGACUGAAGCUGCAUCCUCGGAGCUCACGAGCUGCUGUGCUGGCUCGUGACAUCAGUAACUUCCUGACCGACGCGUCGUCUGUGGAGUUACAGCAGCAAGCUCUCCCAUUCUGCUUCGCAGAGCUACACACCGUGGAGUGGCUGCUACCAAAGACAAAUCUACCUUUUCGAGGCAGCAUAAAGGCCCAGAUAGGCAAACUCUUGUUGGGAGGCAUCGCGUCGUCUGUAGAUCGAGCUGAGCAGCUGCAACAAGCUACGAAACACCUUCAAGAAGCGCUGUCAGUGUAA